CCGCCAUCCAACAAAGCCGGCGCCUAAAUGGGGAUUCAAUAACAUUUCACCGUUGCCCUCCCGACAUGCUACGGCUUGCACCGAUCGCUCAUAGCUGUGGCGAGCACGGUCCGCACGCGCGCCUCUGAAUGGAGUCAUAAUUACAGCCUUUUUCUACAGCAAAGUUGUGGGAGCGCCUAUAAAAGUCAACAUGCCUGCCCUCAUCGAGCCCUCUGUCACCGUCUACACCCGCCCCUCGGAUUUCACCGACGCAGUCUGGCGGGUACUCGACGCGAAUGCGGCUGCAUCGAACAUCAUCUACGCAGGCGCACUCAAGACCCUUCGCCAGGAACAGAAGGGUCGCCCCGCAGCGCCAGGCCAGGCGUGGGUAGUCUCCAGUGUGGCGACACGCAACGGCCCCGUCAUUGACUUCAUCCUAUCCUGCUCCGAGGGCAUGAUGGGUGCCUACCCAGUAUUCAUCUACUCGACCCAUCAGUCAUCUUCUCUCACCCGCGACUACCUCUACCAGCGCCUGGUCCCCAUGGCUCAGAUCCUACUGAGGGCAGUACCCGCUCACCGCGUAUACUCAGUAUUCGCCCCUGACCUCAUCGCCCGCACCUUCGUCGAGGUCUGGCAGAGGCUCACCGGCAUCGCUCCCGAGCGCGAGCUCUACUACCAUGCCGCCUUCAGCCGCCUUUCAGGCCGUGCCUUCAAGGACCGCGCGCCGACCGCCAUUCACGGCAUGCAAUUCACGCUGCGCCCCGCAGUGCAGGCUGACGAGCGCCGCGUCGCCGAGCUCUGCAAGGGCUUCGCAUCGACCUCCGCGCCCUUCACCCUCGACGACGCGGGCGCGCUGCGCGAGGCGCGCCUCCUCAUCACCAACAAGCAGGUCUGGGUGCACAUCAUCCGCGACCACACCGGCCGCGAGGGCAUCGCGUCCCUCGUCGCCUUCACGCGCAACACGGACCGCGUGUCCGCGAUCACGAAGGUGUACACGAACCCGGACUGGCGCAAGCUCGGGUGCGCGGAGCGGCUCGUGCGCCGCGUGUGCCGGCACCUGCUCGUCGAGAUGGGGAAGGACGAGGUGGUGCUGUACGUGGCGCACAACAACCCGGCGGCGGCGGGCGUGUACCGCCGCGUCGGCUUCGAGGGCGUCGACUCCUGGAUGGAGAUUGGCCUUGACCAGCGCCGGGUGCAGCUCGGGCACUGGUAAUGGACCGGCGUCUCCUCCAUCAUCCGCAUCAUCAUGACCAUCAGACUCUUUUCUCAUAACUUAUCGCCUCUUUCUUCCUCUCCUCAUGUUCGAUCUUCCUUGGUGCCGACGCACUAUUUAUUGUAGCAUUUAUCACUCACAUAUUCGUCUCUUCUCAUCUCCGAACCCUCAUCAUGCAGCUACGCAUCUCAUCUCAUCAUCAUGUAGCCUCGAGCUCUCGUCGGACACCAAGUCAUGUAUCAAGUACUUACUCUCCUCAUAUAUCGGUAGAAUACCUUAGGCUCUCCUCUCCUCUCCUCUAGGCACUUUCAUGUUCUCGGAUC